AUGCCCACCCUAACACAGGAAAUGGGUAUGACCAACGAGCGCAAGCGCCCGCGGAAGCAUGGUACAUACCAGCGCCACUGGAGCGCCCCGAUGGAGUGCCCCCCUCCCUCAAUAACUGGAAACGGACCGUUUAACACCUGGAAAAAAAUUGCACAAAUGAGUUUGGAGAACAUGGCAGUUAAGGGCAUGAUGCGUACGGCUUAUGCGCCGUGGGAUGUUUUUAUCACUCCUGUUGGACCAGAGCCAUGGAGCGUAAUACAAGAGCAGGCCAAGACAGAGGACGCAGCGACUGCCUCAAGUUGCAAGGCGAGUGCCAUGAGCGGAGUGACAGAAAGUACCUAUAACAAUAGUCUAGCCAUAAGCAAGUGGAAAUGGCUAGGCUGGAUGAAGAUGGAAAAUAUUAGUCGAAAGGCGAAGGUGGCGUCCUUUAAGUCGCUAGGUGAAGGCCGACUGGAGAAGGCGAUAGACGCGAUACAAGAAGCCGCGCGUAGGCUCAGGAAAGCUGGAGAGCGACUAAAGUAG